AUGGACGCCGCGACGAUAGGAGAGACGAACCGUAUACGAUUGUCGCUGGGCAUGAAGCCGCUGCCCGUCCCCGGUGGAGACGCGCCCAGCGACUCGGAUUCCGAACCGGAAGAGGACCGCGGCAGCACUCUCGAGACCCGCGAGGCCGAGGGCGGCGACAACUAUAAAAAAUAUCUCGAUGGCGAGGCCAACAAGCGCCGCCGCGAACAAAAGGCUGCCGCGGCCAGAAGGGCGCGCGAGCUGGCGCAGCGCAACCGGAUCCUCGAGGGCAAGGGUCUGGGCGAGGCCGACACAGACGAUCCUGCUGAUGCGCGCGCGUGGCUGACGGGUCAGAAGAAGCGUCAAAAGAAGAUUGACAAAGCCCGCCAGCUCGAGGAGGAGUUGGCUGCCGCUGAGGCCGCUGCCGCCGCUGCCGUGCAGUACACCUCCAAGGACCUGGCUGGCAUCAAGGUCGGCCACGACAUGUCUUCGUUCCUCGACGGCGACGAACAGAUUCUCACGUUGAAGGACUCGGCGAUUGAUGCAAACGAUGAGGACGACGAACUGGAGAAUGUCGCGGUCCGCGAGCAAGAGUCUCUGAAAGACAGGCUGGAUCUGAUAAAGAAACGACCCGGCUAUAACCCCUUGGAUGGCGAGGACACUGGCGGUAUACUUGCGCAGUACGAUGAAGAAAUCAGCGGGAAGAAGAGAAAGCUCUUUACGCUCGAUGAGACGGGAAUCAACGCGGAGCUGGCAGACAUUCUCAGUGCGCCGGCCGAAAAGAAGAGGCAGCAGAACGUCUCUUUGGACGACAUUGUUGGUGACGGUGUACAGCCAUCCUCCGACUACCUGGACGCCUCGGAGAUCAAAAUCAAGAAACCCAAGAAAAAGAAGAUCAAGCAAACAAGACAAAAACAGCAAGACGAAGACGACAUUAUCCCGUUACAAACCGUUCCCGAAGCCAAUGACGAAAUGGACGUGGAUAGCAAAGACAAUAUCCGCAAGAAACCAAAGACAGUAUCCGACACCUUUGUGGACGACGAUGACCUACAAGCCUCGCUAGCAGCGCAAAGAAGAAACGCACUGAAGAAGCGCAAGAAGAGCCGUCCAGAGGAUCUGGCCAAGGCACUCAAACAACAGGACAACGAAGAUGGCACCGAGGCCCAGGAAGAGGGCGGUCUUGUCAUUGGGGCUGUGUCUGAAUUCGUCUCUGCUCUAAGUGUUCCCGAGGAAGAAGUCCGCAAACCAAAGCGAAGCCCCUCGCCACAGAAAGACUCCAAGCCAGAAGAAGACGGCGAGGAUCAUGUCAUGGAGGAUCUGGACGAAGCGCAGGUCCACCACACACAAGACUCAGAGCUCCAGCCGCAAGACCAGGCCGAGGAAGAGGAAAAGAUGGUCGGCAGCGGCAUGGGCGCAGCUCUGUCAUUGCUGCGUGAGCGCGGUCUCGUCGAAGAGUCCAAGGGCGACGAGGAAUACGCCGCCUUUAAGCGCCGACAAGACUUCCUCGCCAAGAAGAAGCAGCUUGAGGAUGAGCUCGACGAGGAGACGCGCCGGCAGCGUGAGCGCGACCGCGCCAGCGGCAAGCUCGACCGCAUGUCGGUGCGGGAGCGCGAGGACUACGCCCGGCAGCAGAACCAGUGGCGCGACCAGCAGCAGGCGCGGCGCAUGGCGGAGCUCUUCGAGGCCAAUUACAAGCCCACGGUGGCCAUCAAGCACCGCGACGAGCACGGCCGCGACCUCGACAUCAAGGAUGCGUUCAAGCACCUCAGUCACCACUUCCACGGCAAGGACAGCGGCAACAUGAAGAAGCAGAAGCUGCUCAAGAAGAUUGAAGACGAGAAGCGCCGCGAGUCCCAGAGCAUGUUUGACGCCAGUCAGAGCGCGGGCAUGAGCCGCGCCACGGCGCAGCAGCUCAAGAAGCGCAAGGAGGCUGGUGUUCGUCUGGGUUAA